AUGUCUGGAGGCAACCGGCUGUCAUUGAUCAGGGACCAUCUCCAAGGCCCAACACAGCCGUCCAACACAGUCAAGAUGCAGAAGCAGAAGAAUUUCGAGAUCGCCAUAGUUGGCGGAGGCAUUGCAGGUCUCACGCUGGCCAUUGCAUUGUACCACCGACAGGUCCCGGUCACCAUCUAUGAGCAGGCGCCUCAAUUUGGCGAAAUCGGAGCCGGCGUUUCAUUCACUCCCAAUGCUGUGCAAGCGAUGAAAGUAUGUCACCGAGGGAUCUAUGAAGCCUUUGAAAGAGUGUGUACGCGCAACGUCUGGCCCUCGAAGCAGAAAGUAUGGUUCGACUAUCUGGAUGGCCUAAGAGAUCCGCCACCAGGUAGUAAAGCGCAGGAGAUUGCAUUCAGCAUCACCAGCAGCCUAGGCCAGAGCGGUGUCCAUCGCGCACGCUAUCUAGAUGAGAUGGUCAAGCUCGUUCCGCAAGACAUUGCCCGAUUUGGGAAGAAGAUGAAGAGCCUGACAGAGGAUAGUGAUGGUAGAGUGAGGAUGGAGUUUGAGGACGGCACCACUGCCAGCGCUGAUGCGGUAAUCGGUUGCGAUGGCAUCAAGUCGAUAGUGAGGCAGGCUAUUGUUGGCCGCGAACAUCCCUCUGCUUAUCCGGUCUAUACCCACAAGUAUGCAUAUAGAGGCCUAGUGCCUAUGACGCAGGCGGUGGAUGCUGUCGGGGAGGAAUUGGCGCAGAAUGCGUGCAUGCAUAUGGGGCCGAAUGGCCACGUAUUGACAUUCCCAGUCAACCAUGGCCAGACUCUCAAUAUCGUGGCAUUCCGAACAAGUUCAGAAGACUGGCCUGACUCCAACAGGCUUACGAAGGCUGCUAAACGAGAAGAUGCUCUCCUCGAUUUUCGGGAAUAUGGGUCGAAUGUUCUGAACCUGUUGAAACUCACGAAUCCUGAUCUGGACGUAUGGGCCAUCUUCGACCUAGGCGAGCAUCCAGUACCGACAUUUUAUAAGGGUCGAAUAUGCUUAUCUGGAGACGCGGCCCACGCAACCUCCCCUCAUCAUGGUGCGGGAGCAGGGCUCUGCAUCGAAGAUAGCGCUGUCCUGGCCGAGCUCCUGGCCGAUGAAUGUGUUAUAGAGCCGCAGGAUCUCGAGGCUGUUUUUGAGACCUUUAAUGCCGAAAGAAAGGAGAGGGGCCAAUGGCUCGUCCAGAGUAGUCGGCAUAUCGGUGAUUGCUACGAAUGGCGAGCACAAGGUAUCGGCAGGGAUUUCGCUAAAAUCGAGGCGGAUAUCAACACCAGGAAUGGGAUUAUCGCAAAUUUCGACGUUGGAAAGAUGUGUAAUCAGGCCAGAGAAGAGCUGAAGAAGAGACUCAAGUGA